GGCGGCAGGUGGGGUUCCGGGCAAGGCCGGGGAGCCGCGGCGUCUCACAGUGGUGUCGACCUGGGUGCUCCCUCCUAGCUGCUCGCCCGAGGCCUGAGCUCUCGAGGGUGAACACGGCCAAAGGGUUGAAUGGCGAAAAUGGAAGCAGCAGAAGAAAGAGGAGAAAAAGAGGUGGAAGGACCUCAAAAUAAUGAAAAAACUGGAGCGGCAGCGGGCCCAGGAGGAGCAGGCUAAGCAACAAGAGGAGGAGGAGGCUGCUGCCCAGAGGAGCGACCGAGGGCGGCCUUACACUCUGAGCGUGGCCCUGCCGGGCUCCAUCCUAGACAACGCCCAGUCACCGGAGCUUCGCACCUACCUGGCUGGCCAGAUCGCUAGAGCCUGUGCCAUCUUCCGAGUCGACGAGAUUGUGGUGUUCGAUGAGGCGGGCCAAGACAGCAAGACUGUGGAAGGGGAAUUCAAGGGAGUUGGCAAGAAGGGGCAGGCGUGUGUACAGCUGGCCCGCAUCCUGCAGUACCUGGAGUGUCCACAGUACCUGAGAAAGGCGUUCUUCCCCAAACACCAGGAUCUGCAGUUUGCAGGGAUCCUCAACCCCUUGGACAGUCCUCACCACAUGCGUCAGGACGAGGAAUCCGAGUUCCGAGAAGGCGUUGUGGUGGACCGGCCCACCAAGGCAGGCCAUGGCUCUUUGGUCAACUGUGGAAUGAAGAAGGAGGUAAAGAUUGACAAGAAACUGGAACCUGGACUCCGCGUGACCGUGCGACUGAACCAGAAGCAGCUCCCCCCAGAAUGCAAGACCUACAAGGGGACAGUCGUGUCGUCUCAGGACCCCCGCACCAAAGCCGGUCUCUACUGGGGCUACACUGUCCGGCUGGCCUCCUGUCUCAGUGCCGUGUUUGCUGAGGCUCCCUUCCAGGAUGGGUACGACCUGACCAUUGGUACAUCAGAACGUGGCUCCAGCAUGGCCUCUGCCCAGCUGCCCAGCUUCAGGCAUGCUCUUGUGGUGUUCGGGGGCCUCCAAGGGCUGGAAGCUGGAGUGGAUGCCGACCCCAACCUUGAAGUGUCUGAGCCCAGUGUCCUCUUCGACUUCUAUGUCAACACAUGCCCCAACCAGGGCAGCCGUACCAUCCGCACUGAGGAAGCCAUACUCAUCUCCCUGGCUGCCCUGCAACCUGGUCUCAUCCAGGCGGGUUCCUGGACCACCUGACAAUUUCAUGGAUCCAGG